UGUUCGAGGGUGUCGCACAGAACACAGGUUCGGUCGCCGCAAGCCAGAUUUGUCGAACUGCUGACAGUUUACUUGUCGGAAAGUUGGUUGUCGUCGCCGUGAGUUACACCCAGGAGGAGUAGGAACCCGAUGGCCAGAAAGAUUGCUUCUGAUCGUUUUUCUUACCGUGAUGAUCCUUACCGAAGAGAUUCACAUCGGACUUUCAGUCAAAGUAAUACGUGCAAGAAUUGUAAGCGACCUGGUCAUUUUGCUCGAGAGUGUCCCAAUGUCUCUAUCUGCCACAACUGCGGCCUGCCUGGUCACAAUCUGUCUGAAUGCUCCGCGAAGUCUGUGUGCUGGAACUGCCGUGAACCAGGUCACAUGUCUAAUAGCUGCACCAACGAAGGCAUCUGUCACAGCUGCGGUAUUGCCGGACACCAAGCUAAAGACUGCACGGCUCGCCACCUCCCUCCUGGUGACCUGAGACUCUGCAACAACUGUUACAAGCAAGGUCACUUCUCAGCUGAUUGCACUAACGAGAAAGCCUGCAACAACUGCAGGAAGACUGGUCAUCUAGCUCGUGACUGCAGAGACGAUCCCGUGUGCAAUCACUGCAACCUGGCUGGUCACGUUGCUAUCAAAUGCCCCAAAACCCAUGUGUUAGCAGCAGAAGAGCGAAGACCACGAGGGAUCAGAGCCCAAUACAGGGAGGAGGAGGUGGUUUGCAGGAACUGCCGGCAAGUGGGUCAUAUGAGCAGAGACUGCACGGCUAGGCUGAUGAUAUGUCGAAACUGUGGUGGAAGAGGACACAUUGCGUAUGAAUGCCCUUCUGGGAGAUUAGUGAACCACCACCACCACUACCCCUUGAGGUACUAACUAAGUAGCUUUUGCUUAGUUUACAAACCGGUCUUGUGUUCUAAGGAGAACCAGAAUUGAUUUAUGGUUUUGUAAUGACUCCUUUCUUUCUCGGUAUUUUUCCCGUGUCCUGUUAAUCUGGAAUUUACCUUUAAAA